AUGGACAGACAUCAAGAAUUUUAUGCAAAACAUGUUCGACACAAAGCUGAUGAAUGGAAAGAUCUAUUGCAUAAACGUUUUAUGGAGGCUAUGAAAUUGAAACGAAGAAACUUUGUUGAUCAUCUACGUCAUAUUCACAAUUCGGAACCAGAGAGUUUAACAGACGAAAUACUUCUUCAAGAGAAACGUGAACUCUUAAAGAGUUUAGUUGCAGGUAGUGAAGUAAAAGAAUUAGAUGUGGACAGUUUAAUUUCACUACAGGAUCAAGUUUUGGAGGAAUUGUCUACUGAAAUUGUUGAUUAUUUGAAUCCAGACUUUUGGAAUGAUGAAGAUAUUGGCAUGGAUCAAUUUCAUUCAGCAAAUGAGAAUGUAAUAUGUCCUUUAUGUAGGAAUGGUUAUUUAUCCUUGACAGGAACGGUUCUUACUUGCUCUUCAUGUAAUUUAAACUUAGAUACUCAGACUGAUAGUCUCAAUCUCUCUACCAUUGGCAAUAGCCUAACUGAAGCUGAAAACAAACAUAAUGCCUCGGGUUGUUCAAAUGCUUUACACGCUUGGCUUAUUGAUCAGAAUCCAUGCUAUCAAUCAUCCGUACAACAUAGUUUAAGUGAAGAAGUCAUCUCUAAAGAAAUGAUCACUAUACUGUGUAUAGGAUGUGAUAAAUGUUCAUUUAUGGAAGUUGUUGUUUAA